AGCAAGCUGGCUGCCUCCAGCACCCUCGCGGCCACCACCCCUCCCCCUCUCCUCGACGAUGGCCCUCCGCGUCAGCGCGAUCAUCUGCGUCACAUCCUUUCUCCUAGGUCUCCUCUUCACCCACUGGACCGCCGACUCGCUCACGCUGUGGAAACAGCCCGUAACGGAUGCGCACCUGUGGACCGCCGCGUCCUACUACAACACCCUCACAAAAAUAUCCCCCUACACCGCCUCCUUCGUCUCUGCGGUCGUAGUCCUCGGCGCAGCAGCGCUCCUCUGGAGCCUCCGUGAUGGCGAGGCCGUCAAUCUCAUGUUCGACGGCGCGAGCACCUUCUUGUACGGCACCGCCAUAGCCGUGUAUCUGUACUCUGUAAUCCCCAAUCUAUCAACAAACUUCCCCGCCCUCCCUCCACACACCCUUGCCGACGCCGUCCCCCCCGCACUCCGAAUAAACAUCCUCGAGCUCGCGUCCUCCAACCUCAUCUGCAGCGUCGCGCUCACCGGCGUCCUCGCCCUCCAGGCCGGCCGCUGGUGGACUGAGCGCGCAGAGGAG